GUCCGAUACGCGCGAGUAUGCGCUCAAACAGAUCGAGGGCACCGGCAUAUCGAUGUCCGCGUGCCGUGAAAUAGCUUUAUUACGGGAACUAAAACACGUGAAUGUGAUAAACCUUCAGCGGGUAUUCCUGUCUCACUCGGACCGCAAAGUGUGGCUUCUAUUCGAUUACGCGGAACACGAUCUCUGGCACAUAAUUAAGUUCCAUAGAGGGGCCAAAGCCAACAAAAAGCAAGUGGUUGUGCCGAAAGGGAUGGUCAAAUCGCUGAUAUACCAAAUACUGGACGGCAUUCACUACCUGCACACCAAUUGGGUUCUGCACAGAGAUCUCAAACCGGCGAACAUUCUGGUGAUGGGCGAAGGGAUAGAGAGGGGACGGGUGAAGAUUGCCGACAUGGGCUUCGCCCGGCUGUUCAACGCCCCACUCAAACCGUUGGCCGACUUGGACCCAGUGGUGGUCACCUUCUGGUACAGAGCGCCGGAACUAUUGCUGGGCGCCCGUCACUACACCAAAGCGAUCGACAUUUGGGCCAUCGGUUGCAUAUUCGCCGAACUGUUGACCUCAGAGCCCAUAUUCCACUGCCGACAGGAGGACAUCAAGACCUCCAACCCCUACCAUCACGACCAACUCGACCGCAUAUUCAAUGUGAUGGGCUUCCCAUUGGACAAGGACUGGGAGGACAUACGCAAAAUGCCUGAACACCCGACCCUUUCCAAGGAUUUUAAGCGCAAU